UAUAUGCCAAAUCUAUAGUGCAUAAAUCACAUUGGAACUGUUUGAAAGGUUAGAAACCUUUAACUGAAUUCAAUCUAACUGUAAUUAUUAUUUACAAACAAUUAAAAAUAAAAAUUUAAUUAUUUCAAACUUUAAACAAAAUGAGUGAGUUCGUAAUUACACGAGGUGCGCAGUUGAAGAAAAAUGCUGAAAAAAAUUUGAUUUCAGUUGUGUAUUCAUCAACAAAAAGAAAAGAAAAGUUAGAUAGUGCAAAAAAUAAUGUUAAUGAAAAAUUUACAUCCAAACCAACUUCAAUGAAAGAUGAAAAAAAUGAGCAAGAAAAAGAAAUGAAAAGGCUACGGUGGGAUGUGAUGAAAUUUGCUUCAUCAAGUUUACAAGGGAAACAAAAACAUGAAGCAAAUGUAGCAUUAGCUAUUUCACUAGGUGCUAAACCUCCAAAAAAUAUAAGGAAAAAUUAUAAAAUAUUAAAGGAGAGAAGACAACAAGAGAAACAGAAUGCUGUUGAACAACAAGUACAAUCAGGAUUUACAGGAAGCUUGAAAAAGCCUAAAAUGAAUGUAAAGAAGAAGAAGAAAGAUACAGGUCUUCUGGGUGUUUAUGGAAAAGUGCACAAGCAAUAGUUAAGUAAAAUUAAUUGGAGUAAAUAUAAUUGUCAAAUUGAUUUUGUCAAAGGUAUUUAAAAAUUUCAUUUAAUGAUACUUUAUUUUUUAUUUAAACUCUAGAAAUAUAA